AUGGGUUCACGGAACUGCCCCCGUCUCUCACACACUCUCUCUCCCGCGCGUCCCUCUCUCUCUCUCUCCUCUGGUUCGCGACGGCUGAAACAGCCGGCCACGUUUUGGCCGGCUGUGCUCUCGUUCAGCCACCGAAGUCGACGGGGCCGGUACCAAAAUGACCGAGCCGCCGUCCUCUUCCUACCCUGGCUAGGUCCCGCCGCCAACCGUCCAGAUUUCGCCGGAAAAUCGAAGAGAAAAGCUCGGUUUAGGCCGAAACUUCGCCGGCUUCGUUCUCCGUUGUCCGGUCACCGAUUCCGGCAAAUGAGUGUAGGCAACUCGAUUUACGAAUUGGGUUUCGGCCGGAUUUCGAGGGGAGAUUCCGGCCACUUCCGGUCAGAUUUUGGGGUACGUCCAAGAACAAAAGUGACUCCAAAUAGGGUGUUAUACCUGGAGUAG